CGCACCCGGCCAUCAAUCCCUCUAUGUCCGUCUGCCUUCAGGAAACCUCACUUAUGUCGCCUAUUUCACACCCUUCCCCGACCUUAUGGGCGUCUCCUUCGUCAGGGUAACGAAGAGGGGAUUAUUCUGCGUCGAAAUUAAGGUUAUAUGGAUGCGGUCGACGGCUCGACUGGAGUGGUUUUUCAUCCUGUGUUGAUGGAGCCCUAGUGCAAGAAGUUCUGAAACUACCAUAAUGAAAGAUGUUCCUUCGGAAUAAAGAUGGGACUGUGAUUUGGGCAGUAAUCUUUACGAACCUGCUGGUUUUGUGAGUUACGGGUCGCAAAAUGGAGUCCGUGCAAGCAAGGACUCCCAGUCCUGUUAGUGAUGGUAGUGUUGACAGCACUUCCAGAACAGAAGAUUCUAGCUGGACGAAUGAAGAGGCCUUUAACUCCUCCCAGAAGUCAUUCCAGCAUGUCGAAUCGCAUGACAUGCUGGGGAGCGAUCCUCUGGAUACAGCAACAGGGGGAGAUAGUGAUCUAGAAGGGGAUAAGUGUGAGAGCUUAUUACAGUCUCCUUCAACGACCAAGAAAAACCUCUAUACGUGUAAUCUGUGCGACCGAGUCUUUACAUCCAGCGGCAAUCUAAACAGCCACAUUCAGGUACACUCUGCUGGAAAGCCAUUUUCGUGUCCUAUUUGUCACAAAGGCUUUGCAGAAAAGAAGACACUGGAAGCUCAUAAGUAUCUUCACACUGGUAAGAAACCAUUUCAGUGCCCUGUGUGUGGGAGAGAGUACUUAACCAAGAAAAGUAUGACCUUACACCAUAGGCUACAUUCAGAAGGGAAAAGCCACAUCUGUGAGGUGUGCGGCAAAGGAUUUGCAUACAAUUAUCUAAUGAAUUUACACAAGAGGGUUCAUACUGGUGAAAAGCCGUAUGCCUGUGAGUUUUGUGACAAGGCCUUCACUCGUAGCGGAAAGCUUAGGAGCCACUUGAGAACUCACACCGAUAAAAGGCCCUUUAGAUGCCGACUCUGUUUACAGGGAUUCACUUGUGGAAGUAAAUUAACAGCUCACAUGCAGUUACAUUUUGGGGAGAAUAAACAUUUUUGUGAAAUAUGUUGUAAAACAUUGCCCACUGAGUUCUCUUUGAGAAUCCAUGUCAUGUCUCACAGUGGAGUGAAAAUUUAUGCCUGCAAUGUGUGUGAAAAGGAAUUCCCUACGAAAUGGAAACUGAGGUCUCAUUCGAGGGUGCACACAGGUGAGAUACCCUUUGUUUGCCCAUACUGCAAUAAGAAAUACAUUGAUAAAAACUAUGCAAAGAAACACUUAAGGAAACAUGAAGAAAACAAUGAUGUUUUGGCAUCUCAUCAUAAAAGGAGAGAAAAAGUUUGUGGUAAGAAUAAUGAUAGUGUUGUGAGAGACAUGGAAAAUGAACCUGAGGUGGAAUGUUUUGAGGAAGAGAGGAGUUUGAAAGGCCACUCUGAAACUGGAGAAACAAUGUCGGAGAUUGAUGGGGCAAACAGUGAAACUGAAGGAAGUAAUAUGAAUCUCGGUACAGUGAGUAAGCAAGAGGAGAAGACUGCUGAGUUUUCAAAAUCCUCAAGUACUGAGAUUCCUGUUUCCACUGGUGGUGUAUUCGUGGAAGAAAACGUAGAAUUACAAAGCCAGCAUUGUAAGAAAUUCGGAUGCCACUGUUGUGGCAAGACGUUUGUGAGACAGGCGAAUUUGAAAGCACAUAUGACAGUUCAUGUGGGGGAAAAGAUAUUUUCAUGUAACUUGUGUCAUAAGACGUUUACAUUGAGUGACAGACUCAAGCGUCACAUGCGAGUGCACAAUGAGGUCAAGUCUCAUGUCUGCAGGCAGUGUGGUAAGAAAUACGCCACCAAAAGAAGUCUCCUUGAUCAUGUACUGAGGCAUGAGGAGGAGGAGGAGGAGGAAGAAGAAGUGGAAGUAGGAAAGUUUCCAGAGGAUUUCAGAACCUCUGCAGAUUUUGUGGAAGUCAUAAUUAAGGAAGAAGUUGACAUAGAGGAGGACGGUACUGAAGAUCCCUUUUCAGAAGUUACUGUUAAAAUGGAAGAUGAUGAGUAUAUCCAAAGGGUGCCAGACUGAGUCACCUUGGUUUUCUGUUUUGUUAUGGGUAACUGUUUUGCGAUUUGUUGUAGUAUACUACUAAAAUGUAGGGUGUAGCACUGAUCAGCUAUGUACAGUAUGUCUUGUUACAUGCCAUUAGUCUAAUAUUUCUUAUUCAUUUAUCAUAAAACUCAAUACUUGUUCCUCAUUGUCUGGAGGGAGAAGGUCCACUUGAAGUCUCAUGCAACUGAAUAGUUGUACACUGUAGUAAGAUAUAACAUUGGUGCGUGACUGAGACAUCAUCUUCGUAAUCAUUUUUAUGUCAGCUUUCUCUCGACUGUGUUAGAUGUGAUAUAAGUUCUCUUCAUUUUACUUUGUCUUGUGUUCUUUUUGCUUGGACACACAUCAGGCCUAGAUCUUCAUUAAUCCCCCAUUUCCAUGGUUUCCCUGUCCUUCCUAAAGAUCUUUGUCAUGCUGCUUUCAUAUCUGCUUUUCUUACCGUGUGAUUAUCAUCACUUCUCAUUACAUUUCCAAAUGAACUUAGUCUUCAAGAUCUCAGUAUUUUAUUCAGCCUCUAUCCACCAAUGAAACUUAAUAUGCAUAAAAUGUAUUCAAUCGAAAGUACCAGAUUGUUGAAAUAUUUGUCGAAAGAUGUGUUGACAUUUAUUUUAAAAUGUUGGAACUAAAUUUGUCAAUUUGAGCUUCUGACUAAAUUGCGUGAGGUGGUCUUCAUGCAAAUAUAGAUGAAAGACUGCUUGCUUUUCCAGUUUUCAAGUGGAUAGAUGUGAGUGUAUCUGUCACUGUAUUCAAGUAUAUAGGCAAUGGUUAUGAAAUAUUCCCCAGCAUAGGUAGUCCAAGUGAGUGUGAUAAAGUAAAGCUGAAAAAGUAUCAAGGAAGAGCUGGUAGUUUCAACAAUUGCAACAAGAGAAAUUUUGAUAUUUUAUUCAUUACAUUCCUUGCUUAUUUUUGAUCAAUAUUAAAUACAUAUAUGUUUUGUUAGAUAUACUGUGUGAAGAAGAUAUUCCAAUUUGGGUCCAAUAAAUUUUUCAAAUAUCCUUGAGUGUUGGGUGAGUUAAGAUCACUUGGAAAGUAGCUUUAUCUUUUGUACUAUUUAAAAUUCUGUCAAUUUACUAUUUUGAGUUCCACGAGCUAUGUUGAAACACACCUAAUCAUGAAUAUUGAGCCAAUUGUAGAAUGAAAACCAAUGUCUUGGUUUUGGAUGGAAACAUUGCCUACUUCAGACCAUAGCAAAAGUUCAAUUUUCAAAAGGUUCAUGCUUUACUACAAGCUUUAAUUCCUCACUGGAGGCCAUCAGUCAGUCCACCUUGUUUGAUAUUUGUAAGCUAUUGAGGAGACUCCCUGUGCACAUAACAUUACCCUUCCAUGCUCAGAGUAUUUGUGGGCAUUCAUAGCGGGGAUUUUGAAUUCUUCUCUGAGAGCAUCAUAGCACCAGUGACAGAGCAUAUGAAAGUAUUUUGUACUGUUAAGUGUUGAAAAUUUUGUAAAAAUUCAUUUUUAUGUUUUUGAAAGAUAUGAUUUAUUUAACUGUUGAAUUUUUUGUACAAUAUUUUUUAUCAGGUUAUCAGUCUUAUAGUCUAAGUUGUCUUAUGUAGAGAUAUAUAAUAUAGCUCUGUAUUAUAUCUUUUUAUUGAUGAUUAUUGGUAAAUUCUUAACCCAGUCAUACGUGACAUGAUAUCAUGCAUUGGCAAGUAUGAUAUCACACUUAAUUUUUAAGUUAGUCAUUUAUUGUUUGAAUUAUUUAUAUUGGUACUAGACUUAGUUUUUAAAUUGGUAAGCUGUUGUCUGAAUUAUUUAUACUGUAAAAGAGAAUACGUAGAAUGGAUCUUGUCACCACCUAGGGGAGUUAGUAAGGUAGGGUGUAGUGGUUUAUGUGUAGUGUAUUUCCUUUAUUAUCAGAACUAAUUAUGUCAAAUAUUAUUGGGAUACUGUACUACUUGGAAAAUCAAGACACUGUAAUGUAUUGCAACCAUCCAAGUCAAGGCUAGCCAACUUACGUUAUGCUAAUUACUUUUAAUCUUGUUUUAUCUUUGUUAGGUCAUUAUCAUCAUCCUUAAUAUUCUUGUAUCAGAUUUUCCAUUUAUGGAAUUAGCCAUGACGUGGUCUCACACUUUUUUGGUUGAAUUCCCAUCUGAUCUAGGCCUUCAUAUCCCUUUCUCUGAGUUUUUUUUUUCUUUUGCGUCCAUUUUGGUCUUCAUCCUGUUAUUCCAUAUCUAGUACUACUUUUAUGAUUCACUGCUUGCCUUCUUUCUCAUUACAUGUCUAGACCAUCUCAGUCUUUGAGAUGUCAGUCUGUUUUAUGGCCACAACUUCCUCAUUCAUCGUAUGGUCUUAAGGCAUGAUUCUUAACAGUUUGUACACUCUGUAGUCACACCUCUUCAGGAUCAUCUCCAUAUGUUGUUGUUUUAUAUUAAGCUGGCCUUAUGCCAGUACGGGCUUUUGCUCAUAGAGCAGCCCGUAGUAUCUCCAUAUAAUUUGUCAGUACAGGCAUCAUACAAGCAUCAUAAAGUGUUUGUUUGGUUUACUAAUGUACAAUGAUCAAAUUGGUUUGUCAACUCGCAUUCACUGAUGUCAAAUUCAGCUCAUAAGGUGAAACACUGCAGCAGUUCAUACAGAAAUAAGGUGCAGCAUCUUUACUUACUUUGAUCGUGUAAAUGUGUAAGGUACAAUGUUGCAUCAUGUCUGUAUUACGACCACUUUGUGCCAUCAAAGCCUGCCUUAGGGCAGGCUGGAACACUUAUUAAAUUUGUGUUGUUGGCCCUUUUUGAGCCAUUGCAGUGAACUCUGCCUCACAUGGUGCUUACAAUUUAUACGAUUGUUAGAGUCACAUUACAGGAAAGUCUCUGAGGCUACCUAAAUGAACAUAAGGAGUUAGGAUGAAUGAAUGUGAAGAUAGUACAGUCGGCCACACAUAUAAGUAAACACAUUUCAGCCACAAGGGCUGGAUGUGAUCUGGUAACACUGGAACUGUGCCUCCAUUUUGUAACAAGUUCUGUAUAAAUAGAAGAAGUUAAUAAUACAAGUUAAUGAAACCAGCACUACAACAGAGUUUUCCCUAUUACUGCAAUUUGCGAGAUGAAACUCUACAUACUUGGAUGAACAGAAUGCGCUCUGGGUAGGGAAAUGCCAUGGCUCGAACAGUUGGGACCAUCACGUCUUCCAGUAUUUCAAGGUAUUGGUCGGCGUUGAAUCUUCCUUGUAUUUCUGCCAGCUCACCCAGCGUGUAUAAGUUAACCCAUCCCCACACGUUACAUGUGCUCACAGGAGUAUCUUGUAUUAUUGCGUCGCCAACAGUGCAACUGUCCGUGCGAGGUCGACGCAAAUGUUUUCUCAUCAGAAAAAAACAACUCUUCCCCAGAAACCUAAGUCUUCGUUGACAUACUGCCGGGCAAAAUGAAGGCGCCAGCGAUGGUGGAUGGACUAAAUACUGAUACUGUAACAGAAGGGAGGAAACAUUUUUGGUAGCGGGAUGAAUAUGUUCAGAAAGUCUUAAUAAAACUAACAUAUUGUUGUUGUUUGAAGUGUAAUGUGCUUUCAUUGAGACUAAGCAAUAGUUUGUUUUUGGUCGUAUCUUAUUAUAUAUCAUAUUUCAUAUUAAAUGGUUAUUUUUCAAUCUAUUGUGUAUCCUUGAUUAUAGGGUGCUGUAAUAUUUGUCCCUUAAUUACGUAUACGUUAAAAUGUUACUAAUAUCAGGU